AUGCCAACGUCUCCCGGCGAUGGUGUUGUUAGCACGACCACGGGGGCCCCUGGUCCUUCUCCCUCGGACACCAGCAGCUCGCCUGCGGCAAGCGGGAGCAGCGGAACCGGGACCACGACCAAGAAGAGCUUCGCCAGCAAGAACCUGAACGCCCUCACCAAGGCCCCCGCUGUCCAAAGGGGGUCCGACAGAGCCGGAGAAGUGGUGCGUCCCGCGUACGGCGCCGGGGGCCGACUCUUAGUCCUCGGCAGCAAGAACAGGGACGCCGGCGGGGCGGGCGGCCUGUCCACCCCGGUGCCCGUCAACACGCCUAGCCUCCGCAGAGAGAACAAGGGUCAGGACAUCAGCGUGCCGCUGGUCCCUUCGGGGGGGGUGGGCUGGGGCGCCGGCAAGGUUACUGCGCCUGCUCCCGCCGUGGCAGAGCUAGCGCCAGCAGGCCCCGCGCGCGAUGACAGCUCCGCUCCUCCGAUGGCUGGAGGAGGAAGAGGAGGGGGCAACAGAGGGGGGGGAGGGAGCUACGGUCACGAAAACCGCUCUGCGGGCCCUCCGGGGUCGUCCCGCUGGCCAAACAACGACGGUGGCGGCGGUGGCGGCGGUGGCGGCGGUGGCCGAUCAGAUCCGAGAAGCUACCCGCCUCCUCGUGCACCAUCGGGACGGCCUCACUUCGGCCAGCGGGGCGAUGGGCCGGGGGGUGGGGGCCGUGAUGGUUCUCCCGCGGGCAGAGAGAACGGGAUGGGGGCGGGGGGGUACGUGGGUCAAGGUAGGUCUGGCGGCGGGCCCCCUGGGGGGGGCGGGAUGCAGGGCCACUACCUGAGGGAGAGCGACUUCCCCCUGGAGAUGGGCGGCGGCGCUUCGAGGGCGGAGAAAUCGCCGCAGCUGAGGCCGAGAGGCGGUACGGGGCCUGACACUAGCCAAGGCAAAGGAGACCCCCCCCCGUCCACUUCCCCUUCAGGCGGGUCGCGGGAGGGACAACAAACUCGAGCAGCAGCAACAGCAGCAGCAGCAGGUGGACGGGCAGGCGGGAGUGGCAAUAACUCGCCCUCGCCCUCUUCCUUUGCCAUGGCACCCUCCUCCGGCCCGCGAGAUCACGACGGCAUGCCUAGCCCCUUAGGUGGGGGGAGGUACGGCGACGGCGGUGAUCACUACGGCCACCACGGCCCGCCGUCUGUUCCGUCCCGGUUGUCCGGGAGAGGUGGGUCGUCCUUCGGCUCUCGCCUCGCCGGGUAUGGCGGCACGGCGAAUGAAUCGGCUAGGGGGGACUACACCCGCGGCGGGGGCGGCUACGGGCACAAUCAUCACAACGGAGAUUUCCGAAGCGGGGGAGGAGGGGGUGGCCGUGGUUGGUCCGGGGGUUGGGACGGAGGCAGGGGGCGGGAGUGGGACCGCGGGCGAGGGCAACCACCCCCGCACCCGCGAGAACGCGAGUUAGACUGGGAGCACCGCCGGAAGUGGGACAGAGAUAGAGGUCCUGAGUGGGAUCGCGGGCCAGACAGAGGGGGCGGCGGCGGCCGGAGCAGCCGGGAGUGGGGCGAGCGCGAUAAUCGGGGGGCGGGGCGGGGGUCGUUCAACAGCCCGUCCAUGACCGGGAUGGCUUCUCCUGACCCUUACUCCUCGUUGGGGAGGAUGUCUCGGCGCCCGCUUGAAGGGGGCCAGCCCAACGGGGUUGCGAGACCCCCGCCGUCAUCUCCGGCUGCCGCACCCUCCCCUGCCCCGGCGGCGGGUGCGGCGAGUACUUCCCCGGGUGCGGCGCAACCUCCGACAGCGGCGGCAGUGGUACCUGAAACGAAGCGACCAAUGAGUGAGGAGGAGAGGAAGAACCACGCCGAAGCCGUCGCGGAAGAGGCAAAGGCGUUCGCUGAGCGUGAGCGUCGUCUGGCGGAGAAGAGCGACGAGGUCGAAAAGAGCGUUGCGCUGCGAGCAAGGAUGGAACUCGAGCGCCUCCGCGCCGAGAAGGAGAAGGAUAAGGACAAGGACCAGAACAACGCGCGUUCAAGAACAGACGGCCAAGAGGCCGGGUCUCAGCAGCAGGGGGGUGCGGACGACACAGAGGAGGGGAGAGGCUACGAGCCCGACGAGUACGGGAGGGACGACCCUUACCGCAGGCAGGAGGACGUCGAGAGAGAGAGGGCCGCUCAGCAAGCGGCGGCGGCCGCGCUGAGCCCCGCUUUGGGACCCAUGUCGUCGGCCGAUCGGUCUGCCUCCGCGUGGGCCUUAGGGGGGGGGGCGGCACCGCCGCCGCCGCCGCCAAAGGCAAGACCUAAGGCCGUGAAAGCGGUGCUCGGGCGUGGGGAGGAAGAGGCCGUCGAGGCUGGGACCGGAGCUCGCGUCAUCCAGAAGCGACAGGUGCCCCCCGCGGCGGUGGUGAAGGUGGUGGCGGCAGCAGCAGCACCGGCAGCGGCCGAAAAGGUGGCGUCGGAGUCCCCGGCCGUGAAGCCCGCGCCUCACACCAAGAGCCGCACCGCGGAGCCUUCCAAGCUCCUGCUCUCCGGAAAAGGGGGUGCCAACCUCCACGCCGCGGCCGCGGCCGGCGGCAGGGGCAAAGCCCCCUCCUCCGGGGGGGAUUCCGGGUCCUCUGUGUCGUUGCAGUGGCUCACUCCACGGCGCGAAGGCGAGGCCGGCGAGGCGCACCUCCGCUCCCAGCGCGGGGGGCAGGCGGAGCACAAAGGCGGCGAUCCGUCUGCGCCGCCGCCGCCUCGUACUCCUCCUUGUCCGGCUUCCGCGCAGGGCGCGCGGAGCUUUUCGAGUCUUUUCGCUGGUGCCGGGCAGCAGCAGAAGCAGAAGCACCAGCACGCGGGGGCGCAGCGGCCUGGGGAUGCGGGUGUCGAAGGGCAGAUGUGGGGAGGGGAGGGUGAUCAUGAUCAUGAUCAUGAUCAUGAUCGGGAUUGGCCGGAGGCGGGGCGAGGUCCGCCGCCGCCCCCCUCACGAGAACACAAGCAGAUUUUCGACCACAAGACGGGGAAGAUGCGGGACGUUGAGGACAGCGACAAGCUUCGCGCUCCCAGCGACCGCCCUCGGGGCCCGCAAGACGCUCGCCUAGACGGCCGCACCCCGACGCAACAGCAACAGCAACAACAACCCCGACUUUUGCAAUCCUCCGGCAACGGCAACGCUAAGAGUGGCCAGCACCACCAGAGCCCACGCCAACAGGUGAGCUCGCGAGGAGGGCCAAGCGGGCCACCUUCGGACUCUCCCCGAACGGGGGGACGGGGUGCCAACGAUGUAGCCGUCGCGGCAGAGUCGCCCGAAACGCGGGAGGUGGCGGGGCAGGCGCAGUCGCUCCAGCAGCAAGACUCGCGGUUCGGCGGCCACCGCUCCUCCUGCGCCGCCGCCGCUCCGCGCGAGCACGAGGGAGGGAGAGGCUGGGACCAGAGGCGCGAGUUCUCCGGAGGGCGGGGCAGGGGUGUUGGUCGGGGGGGCAGGGGAGGCUGGGAUGAACGGGAGGGUGGUGGGCAGGGGAGGGGGCGCGGAGGUUGGGGCAGGGGUGGGAGGGGUGGGGAGGGUGUCUUCGUGCGAGACGGAAACCCCGGAGAUAAGAAGGUGUGGGAGCGGGGGGUGCAACAGCCUGUCGCCGCUAGCGGUGGCCGUGGGGGGGUUAACCGGGAAGAGGCGUGGGACCGGCAGCCGAAGCACGCGCCUUCCAGCCGUCGGAGAGCUUCGCCGCUCGACAACCCUCCCACCCCUGACUCGUCCCCUUCGACGCCUGCCUCCCCAAGCCCUGCCACGAGCGCGGCAUCACGAGGCGGCGGCGGCGGCGGCGGCGGUGGUGUUCGCAUAGCUCACCGUCCUCCUCAGGCUGAGGCGUCACCUCCGUCCCCGGCUUUGGCUGCAACUGCCGUGUCGGCAUCGCUGAAAGGCGACUCUGCUUGGGGGGGAGGCAAAGGGACCACCACAAACGCCCCCUUGCCGCCGCCGCCGCCGCAGCAGCAGCAGCACCGGCAACAGCCGUCGUCUAGCCACGAAAGUUCUUUGGUUGCUUCGGCGGGCACCUCUCUGGCGAAAGGCGCAUCGGUGUCUGGGGGAAGCGCCGGCACCACUAGCGGCAACGAUGCCGCUGCUGCCGCUGCUCUUGAGAGCCGGGAGGCGAUCCGGGCGAGAGACGAGCGGGAGAGAGACCUGGCCGUGCGGCAGCGGAAGAGCAUGAAGAUAGACUUGAACGCCGCCAGUGCUCCACGGGAUGCUGCUGGUGUCAAACAACACCAGCAGCGUCCCAAACGGGAUGACCACGACAAGAAAGACGCCGAGAAGGCGCGACGCGCGGAGCGUGACAGGGUACGGAGAGAAAAGCGUCAUGAUGAUACGGAACGCCAACGCAAUCGCUCCGAAGCAGGGGUUAGAGCUAGGAGGGAGGCGAGGCGCAAGGAGAGCAGCGAACGCCCCCCGCGCACCAGCGGAGCCCUCUACCGCUAUGGUUCUCCGGAUGUUGCGCCUGGUGGAGGCUCAGGCGUGUCGGAGCAUGUCGUGUACGUCAACGCCGAUAUUCCGGAGGGAGCGCCGGACCCUUUGCAGGCGCGGUGGAACGCGAUGGCUGAGGAAUCAGAUCGAGACCACGACCGCGAUCGGUCAAGACCUACGCGCUCCUCCGCCGCCUCCUCCACGGCCACCUCCUCCUCCUCGUCCUACAGCAAGAAAGACCCAAGAGAGAAGCACCACACACACGAGUCCGCCCCCCGCAACACUAGAGACAGAGACGUAAUAGCCUCGUUUCCGACCAACCCCGGCGCCUCGGGGGGCAAGGACAGACACAGCAACGGCGCUGCGGGAGGAGGGAGAACUGCCGCAAAGGAGAGGAGGGAUCAGGCGAGAAAUGAGAUACGACGCAGCCAGAGCCAGCAACAAGCGGCACUCACCUCAUCAGGAGGAGGAGAAGGAGUCAAGGGUAAGGAAGGCCUUGUCUCAAGCGCGAGAGCGGAUGGGGCUGGACGGAACGCGAGAGCACGGGAUUUUCCGGAUCGCGGCGGCGGUGAACACGGCGAUCGGGAGAAAGGUCGAGGCAGGAAGGCCACCGGUGGCAAAGAGGGUGCCGCUGCCGCCGCCGCCGCCGCCGCCGCCGCGCUCCUUAGAGAACAAGAGCUAGCGAAAGAGCAAGAGGAGAAGGCAAAGGAGGAGAGGGAGAAGCUCAAGGAGACUAGAAAGGAGCGCAAGAAGAUGAAGCGAGGAGGGGGAGAGGAAGCAGCCGCCGCACUGGCUGGUGGUGCGAGCGGUUACACCGGUUCGGGUGUCAGUGGUGGCGGUGGAGGCAUGGGCAUGGGCAUGGGCAUGGGCAUGACGCCGGGGCGAGUGGUGGUGGACAAGGACGACCAUUUGGGCAUGAAUGUCAACAUGUCCGAGUUUGACACGGCAGAAUUUGAGGUCGUCAAGUCCCGCCGUGAGGUUCAGAAGGAGCGCAAGGAGCAGCGGGAACAGGAAGAGAAGGCUGCCGCUCAAAAGGCGAUGGCAGACGCCGCCGCUGCGCGCAAGGCCGCACACCAGGCUGCCAGGGGCCAGAUUAAGGCCCAGCUCGAACUCAACAAGGCUGAGACGCGGAAGAGACGAGCGGAGGUGAAAGCGAAGGCCAAAGUGGCCAAGGAUGCCGCCAAAGCUGCGGCUGCGGCCGCCACCAUCGCCAGUAUGUCCGAACAGGUUAGGCGGUCUGACCAAGAGGCGUCGUCGAGGGAAAAGGCCAACGCGAGCACUCAUGGACCACCUGCCCAGGCAGCGACGACCGGCUCCGCUCCCGUAGCCUCCGUGAAGAAGCAAGACAACGGUAAAUCCCCAGAAGUUACGACGGCAGUAGCAGCGGCGGCAGCAGCACAACCUUCGGCCCCUGCCAGCUCCGUACCCUCCCGUGCGGGUCACUCUAACGCCAGGCCUGACGGAGCGUCCCCUGCCGAACCAGCGUCAAGCCCAAAGAUGACGCAAUCCAGCAAACCGGCUGUCGUCCUACCCCCGCUUUCACCGGCUAAGACCACGCGUCCACUGUCCCCAGCGAUUCAGUUUGGAAGCGUGGGCGCAGACGAUGACGCGGGAUGGUCUGCGACGCCGAAGAACAAGGGUAAAGCACUCGUUGACUCUGCAGGCGCCUGCGCCGAGAGCGGGGGGAGGGUGGCGGACGGGGAGCGGUCCGGGCCGCGAGCAUUUGGUCCAGAAACUACGCCGGAAGUCUGCGCUCCGUCGAGAAACGGCGAAGCUGGGCCUUCCUCGAGCGCCUCGAAGAGCCGCCACGAUGCCCCGAGGCCGAACGUCCCGCGACCAAGCGACAAGUCACCACCGCUGGGCGAAGGUGCCCUCCCGGAAGUCGGCGUGGUCGAGCCUACUCGAGAGGUUGGUCUCAACCCACCUAGCAAGCAGCAACAGCCGGCGAGCAACUUGAGCGGAAAAAACGACAAGCAGGGUGAACGAAACGGAAAGGCAGCCCGCGGUGAACCCAAGCUCGCAGUCGACCUCGCACGGGCGGCCACCCCCGGUGGCGAAGGGACUUCUCAGCUCGCCUAGCCUAGCGGGCUCGAUCCCAGCUCCUCACACUCACGCCUCGUGGAAGCCAUUGCCAGUGGGCCUGGCCUCCGCCGUGUUGUCAACCGGGAACGGCGUAGCAGCUGUUGGUGCCGCAGCGGGGGGAAACAACAAUAAACCCCUCAACAAGAACAGUGAGUGGGCGUCAGGCAGGGGGGGGUAUAACGGGUUCGGUGCCGGCGGGAGUGGUCAUGGAGAGCAACAAGGACCAGGAAACUUUGGGCAGAAUAACGUUUCCACUGCGCUCGGCGCCACGCCCCCCGUUUACGGCUUCGGCGGACCGCAACGCGGCAACUUCGGGCCGAACAGCGCUCCCGCUGCGCUGGGAGCCGCCGGAUGGAACACGGCGUCUGUAUUGAAGCCCCUUCAAAACGGAGGUGUGGUUGGGAUGCUAGGUGCCAAUGGCGGCGGGAACAGUGUCGGAGGGCGGCUGAGGUCAGCCCCAGAAGCCUUCGGAUUGGGUGCAGGCCCGAGCCAAGUCAUACCUCGCACGGGAUACGGGAGACUAGCGCCAAGGCCGCCGGCCAUGGUCCGGGGCGCGAACGGCGGCCGCGAUGGUAGCCCUGGACAGCCGCAUAACAGGGCAAACGAUCCCGGUCAGACUGCGAGGUUGGCAACGUCCGUGGCCGGUGGUAUGGCCGGAGGCCCCUUCGGAGGCUUCGUCCUGGGACAUCAUUCCCCUGGCGCGCGUCAACCGCCGAUACCUCCGGGUGGCAUCCCGGCGUGGACGGGGGGAUUUCCUCAGGCGGGAGGUGGCAGCCCGGGGGGAGCUAGAAUGACAGGUGUUAGUGGGGGCGCCAGCCCUCCUGUUGUUCAGCAGACUCCGUCGCCAAAGCCGCAGCACCAACAACAACAGCCUCACACGCAGCAGCAGCAGCAGCAGCAGCAGCAGCAGCAGCAGCAGCAGCAGCAGCAGCAGCAGCAGCCAUUCUACGGCUCCUUCGCUGGCGGCGUUGCUCCGCCAGGAAGCACCGGUCUCAUGGUUCCCUCUACCCAGCCCACCAUGCAAGUCGCCGGGUGGCAGCAGCCAGCGUCACGGCACGUCGUCACUAGCGUCGUCGCCACAGCGGCAGCGGCGGCAAGCAAUCCCCCGCCAACCAUGGCAGAAGGCGGAAACUCGGGCCUUGCCGCAGAGGCCGCACCCUUCAUCCCGGCAGGAGCUAUGGGGGUUGGAAGCCCGGCUAUGUGGGGGAUGGCGGGACCGCAACCUCAGCAACAGGCGACCGGUGUGGGUGCCGCUUCUCCAGGAGCGGCACCGGUAAACGCGAUAAACCCAAUAAUGCUGACCCCGCCGACGAUGGGGGGCCAAGGUGUGAACUUUGUUGCCUCAGCCGUUCCGCCCGGACGGCCGACUCCGUCCCCGGCGAGGUUUGCUACGCAGCAAGGUUUGCAGCAGGUUCAGCAGCAACAGCAUCCGCAACAACAGCAACCGCUUUAUCAACUGCAGCAGCAGCAGCAGCAGCAGCAGCAGCAGCAGUGGCUGAUAGCCGGGACGCGGGGUAUGGUUCCUGCACAAAGCAGCCACCCGCGGCCUCCUAGAGGCGCACAAGGUUCUGGGCCCAGGCCUUCCCAUGGUAGCCCUUCGGGUGGCUGGGGAGCGGCAGGCAAAGUUCAUAGCGUCGCGGUCAGAGGGACAGCAGUACCAACUUCCACCUCAUCGAGGAGGCCAACUGGCACCGCGAUGCAUGGAAGAGGAAGCCCGGGUAGGCCAGGAAACGGAGGUGGUACCUCUGGGGGUGGCACAGCAGCACAGAACGUCGGGUCCUCGACAGCUGCUGCGGGUAAGAGGGCCAAGAAGACCAAUUCGCAGGCGUUGUAUGUCCCGAAAAGGUCGACGCCCCGUGGACCUGGGUCACAAAGCAAUGCGCAGCCAAAUGCUGGGUCUGCUUCCGUUGCCGCUGUGCCUGCCGCGGGCUCGUGACGUGAAUGCCUGUUAGAUACACCCGAUUUUCGGCGAAACAUGAGAGCUUAAGUGUUUUUUCGCGGGCGCUGUUGUAUGUGUUGUAGAGCCGGGUGCGUGGCUGUGGCGGAUAAUUCAUUGCGCCAUUCCUUGCGCUCGUGAAAAGUAUGCAAAGUAAACUGGUGUCAAAAAUAAGUUUAGGGGGCGGGGAAGAGAAGUGAGUGUUGGUUUUUUUUUCGAUUUUUCAUCGUGCCGGUGCUUCGCGAGUCCGUUUUUCUAAUUAACUGAGGGUGUGGGAAGGUUGUGUCCGGACGAUGUGGUGUGGUUUUGCGAAGCCUUCUGGAUUGGAACGUUUCUUUCGCGGCCCACACGCCAGCUAGCGGUAGUCUAUGCCUGGGCCGGGCGAGGUAGAGGGAUCUGGGAUCUUGCACAACGCUGGCCGGAAAUACAAAGGUAUAUUGUAGACGUUCCGUUUUUUGAAGCACACGCACGCGUGCGUUGGAUGAAUUAAAUCAUACA